UUCUUUUUUUUGACUUUUCGAGGCAAUCGAUGGUGUAACAUAUUGAUUUUAUUUCUGCAGGAUUUUUAAUAAUAUAUUAAUAAAAAAAUAGUUCUCAACGAUGCUUAAGCUGCGUGCUCCAACGUCCUUGAGUAUACGGGUACUCGCUUCUCGUAUAGCCGGCGUACGCAAUUUCAGUAAAGACUACGAUUCAUCUGAUGAUGAAAGGGAAAUAAAAUCUAAAGAAAAGAAACUUAACACCAAAAAGAAAAUUGAGUCUCAAUCCACUUCUCCUCAAAGCAAACCUACUGACACCGACACUGUUGAAGAGCCCGCAAUUAAUCGCCUGAAUCGUUUGUUAGCCAGCAUGCCUACUGAAGACUCCUUUUCGUUUGCAAAUAAGAAAAACAAUUUUACAUUAGCACGUCCAGGAGAUGCUCAUAAGAAACGUAAAGAGGAAUUGAAACGUGAAACUGCGUCGAAGGAUAUUUUCGUAGCAGCCAAGCGUGUAGCUUCACUUGCGUCCGACGGCGAACAAAACCAACAAAUAGAAUCGGAAUUAUUAGCUAAACUGUUAGGACAUAGUAAGGAUGAGCGAGUCAUAGACAAAUCUAAUAGCGAAACACCAACUAAACCAGCCGCAGAAAUGAGUUUAAGCGAACUAAUUGUUGGCAUGAAAAUUGAUCGCUCGCAAGCACCACAGGAACAAAGUCGUGGUGAAUUUGUGCGACGCUCUAUCGCAGCUAAAGCCCAACAACAACAACUGAAACAAGGACAGUCAUUUGGUGUACGUAAAGAGCGCAAACGUGAAGCCGCCACUUAUACGGGUAGUGUCAACUUAUUUGGGUCUGAACCUAUGGGUAUUUUCAAAAAUGCCGCUGAACUACGUGAUGUACCCGAUAUACUUUCAACGUGGGCACAUUUACAACAAAACGAACUUAAAUUGCUCGUAACACAUCCGCCUGCAAACUAUUUCGAAAAAUUGGCUUUGUGGACGGAACAAGGAAAGGUUUGGCGAUUUCCAAUUGACAAUGAGCAAGAUUUAACCGAGGAAGUAGAUGUUGACUUCUCCGAACAUAUCUUUCUUGAGCAGCAUCUUGAAUCUUGGUGUCCAGAUAAAGGACCCAUUCGUCAUUAUAUGGAGCUGGUUUGUGUGGGUUUGUCGAAAAAUCCCUACAUAACAGCGAAGGAUAAGAAAGAACAUAUACUAUGGUAUCGGGAUUAUUUUGAGUCCAAAAAGGAUUUACUCCGAGAUUUAAUAGCGCAAGAGAAAGAUGGAAAGACGAGUGGAGAACAGAAAAAGAUAAAUGCUUAGAUGUUGUGUUUUAAUUAUAUGUACCUAUGUGUUAUUAUGUUUCAGGAGGCGAAAUAUAUAUUAUGAUUUUUUAAAAAUAUA